UUGAGAAAUUUUUUUUUCCAUUUUAAAUGGUUGCUUUGGAUGUUCUGGAAACUUGAGCACAUUCUGAACCUGCUAGGUGAUAGAGAGAACAAAUGAUGCUAAUAAUACGCUAUGCUCUAUCAUGUUUAUCAUGAUGCUACAACCAUCUGAUGCAUCUUGACACCAAAAGACUGUCAUAGCAUGUCCUCGGUCAUAUGCUUUGUUGGUACCUCCAAUGGUUUCUCUGCAGUGUGUACUCCAGUUUACAAUUUUUUAAAUAUUCGUGUAUGUGCUUAUUGAACUUUAAUAGUGCCAAAAUAUAGUUUUUUUAAUUGUUUUAUUUUUUACUUGACUCGAGUAAAAGCUGGGUUUGUAGAAGAUACUGGUCCCUGAAGGUUUUGCUUUACAAAGUUUACUCCCUGAAAUUCAUGUUCUUAAUGUGUAUCUGUGCCAACUUGAUGAAUAAACAGUCAUUAGCGUGAGUGAAAUUCUAGUACAAUGCAAUUGAUGUUCUCACCUCUGUUUGUCAUAAAGGGCGUCUGCUAUACUAUUUUCCAGCACAGCAGAGAGACCCAGGACUGCAGAUCUCCAUGGAGGAGACACGGCUGGCUGUGGGUGGGUCAUUGCAGAGAUUUUUUUGCAAUUGAGGUUAAUUGUACCGAAGAUGGAAACUCCACUUCAUCCUGGUGUGGAUGGCAUACAGACCAUGGUUCACUGACAGGUUUGACCUGUGGCAUGUUCACGAGAGAUGCUGUAGAAAUACCUUGCCCUGAUAGUGCCGCCGGCCUCUAUAUUAGGACACGAGCUGAUCAAGUUGUCAAAGUAUUCUUUCUUGUUCUUGAAAUUCCAGUAAUGCAAGACACUGCAAGUGAUGAUACAUAAUUACUUGUUUCAAAAUCUUAUCAGUGCUUAUUAUAUCUAUUCUAGGAGUCGUAGCUUUCCUUU